GUUCACUUCCGUUGAGUAUGCGCAGGCGCUUGAGGGAGCAUCGAUCUGGACCGAAGUUUCAUGACGGUGUGACAGCCGACAGCUGCAAAACAUUCCAGUGAGUAUGUCUGUGGAAAAGCGCUUGGCAUUCUCCAUCGUGCAGUUCCUCAGAGAACAAACACACCAGGGGUCUCUCAGCUCUGAUGAGCAGGAAAGCCUCGAAGUUGCAAUACAAUGCUUGGAGACCACAUUUAAGAUCAGCCCCAGCGAGUGUCACUUGGCUGCUCCUCAACCUCUGACUGAGAUCUUCCUCAAUUCCCUGCUCAAGAAUGACAAUCUGACCGCCCCAGAAACCUCCCCUCUCCCAGAGGAUAUAGAGAGGGCAGAGCAGUUGAAAAAUGAAGGUAACAAUCACAUGAAGGAGGAGAACUACACCUCUGCUCUGGACUGCUACACAAAAGCCAUUGACCUGGACCAAAGAAAUGCUGUUUACUACUGUAACAGGGCAGCGGCGCACAGUAAACUGGGUCACUACACCGAGGCCACAGUAGACUGUGAGAGAGCCAUAGCAAUUGACCCCACCUACAGCAAGGCGUACGGGCGAAUGGGGCUGGCUUUGACAUCCAUGAGUAAAUAUCCAGAAGCUAUCGCCUACUUUAAGAAGGCAUUGGUGCUCGACCCAGAAAACGACACCUACAAGUCCAACCUGAAGAUUGCAGAGCAGAAACAAAAAGAGGUGUCCAGUCAGACUGCCACAGGAUUGGGUUUUGACAUGGCCAGCCUCAUCAACAACCCUGCAUUCAUAAGUAUGGCUGCAAGUGUCAUGCACAACCAACAGGUGCAACAACUCAUGUCAGGAAUGAUGACCAACGCUGUGGGAGACCAUGCUGCUGGGGUGGGUGGUCUGUCGGACAUCUCCAGUCUGAUUGAGGCAGGCCAGCAGUUUGCCCAGCAGAUCCAGCAACAGAACCCGGAGUUGAUCGAGCAGCUGAGGAACCACAUCCGCAGCCGCUCCUUCAGUGGCAGCGCAGAGGAACACUCCUGAGCCUGAGGGUGUGCAUGAGAGAGUGAGUAAGAGUGCAAGUCCAGUGGAGGAAACGAAGGCGAUCCGUCUCCACCCUUUCUUUCUGAUCACCAGUGGAGAGGGCGAGAGAGGCACGGGAGAUGGAAGAUGGAAGAUGGGGACAGCCCAGAGGCAUUCUGGGAGAAACAGAGGGCAGGAGAGCGACAUCACGGUCCGAUUUUGACACUCUCACCCACCCCAUACUUCAUUCACAUCGGCACGGAUGGGAGACAUCUCAUGAAAGGUGUAAGUCGCGAGGGACUGUGGUUGAAUGCUCUGCUGUGUUGAAUUCUGGGAUGCCGUGUGUAGUGUCACAAUAAGACCCCUUCUAUUUUUGUGUGCACAGAAAUGAAACAUCAUUCACCGGUAGACUGGGUUUGUUGCAUUUCCUGUUUCGUGGCAGUGUGCAAAAACGUCUUCAGCUCUUUUCAUGACUGUAGCUGGCUGUGGCACAUCAGAGUUUUUCCAUCUUAUUUUUAACGCCAUUUAUUACAAUUAAGCAUUAUUUUGUGCCUAUUGAUUACAUAGAAUCACCAAUACUUUAUAUGUAUACCCACGUGUACGUAUGAAGUAGGGUUACGUUUGACGACACUUUAUGACAAUGACAGUUUGUUCAUUUUAGGGAACAGUAGACAUAUUUGUGGUGACAUUACUAGCAGUACUCUGAUAUGAUUGGAGCAGUGUUAAUAUGCCGGGUGGCGGCCUUAUUGAUUUUGCAUGCUCUAGAUCUGACAUUUAAAUGGAGAGUAAGAAUAUGCUUGAGAAUACAAAACAGUGUCAUGUUUUGCCAGAGAUAUGUUAAUAAAUGUCUUCAAACUCUCA